AACGUUUUCCGGAAAUGGCCCCUGUCUGUUCUCACAUUGAAGUGUAUCUAAGCGCUUAAACACAUUUCCACACUCAUUAUUUUUAUUAACGUAAGGAUUUUGUUACAGAAUUGCUGAAAAAGAGCAGCUUUCUAUCCAGUCAUGAUCAGACACUGCAGGACAUUUUCCCAUCUUGUCUUAAGAAGUCAGACAAAUCAUGUUGUACAGUCAAAUCCAGUUAGGAUACUCUUGCCCUUGUCAGCAUUCACACGUACUGCAUCUCCACGCACUCAUUCUACCAACGUCAAGGUGCGCUCAUACUUACAGUACAUGAAAAGGAAAGUCCAAGGUGCACCAGUUCCUCCAUACAAUCACGUCUGCCAGGUUGGAGAUCCUGUCUUACGUUCACAUGCGGCAGAAGUCGAACCCGGAGCCAUUCAGGGUCCAGAAGUACAGAAGGUCAUAAAAACCCUGGUGAAGGUGAUGAGAAAGCUGGAGUGUGUCGGUCUGAGCGCACCUCAGAUUGGUGUUCCUUUACGAAUAUUAGCUUUGGAGUAUCCUAAGAAAAUGCUGGAGGAAAGCUCAACCGCUUCUGUUGAAGCUCGAGGUCUAGUGGCAGUGCCUCUUAUGAUUUUUAUAAACCCACAGUUACGGGUAUUAGACGGACGCACAGUCAUCUUCCAAGAGGCGUGUGAGAGCAUCUCUGGGUAUUCAGCAUCUGUCCCACGAUAUGUGUCUGUAGAAGUCUCAGGUCUUAAUGAGAAAGCGGAGGAGGUCAGCUGGCAAGCCAGUGGAUGGCCAGCCAGAAUACUGCAGCAUGAGAUGGAUCAUCUUAAUGGAGUGUUAUAUAUCGAUCACAUGGACAGCAAAACCUUUAUUAAUGUAAAAUGGGAGGAGCAUAACGAAUAAAGAUUUGGGAACUUUGAUUUCAGAGAAAA